AGAUAAAGGAGCCGCUUUAUCUCGAGGAGAUGACGUGUUUUUGUUUUCUAUUAUACUAAGUAUAGAGACGCGGGAGGAAUUUUCAGGAUUCUGCAGCUUUACAGUCGAACGAUACUCUACGGGAUUCGUUAAAAAGUUUUAAGUGCGACAAGGCAUCGUUUAAUGCACAAGAUGUCUGCGCGAAAACCGUCUGCUUGCAGGGGGAAACGUCAAAAACCUGUUAGAUGAGCGAGAUUUUUGGAUAUCCUUUUUCCAUGGACUUGGAAUAAAUUUCGAGGCAAACAAGGGCAAAAAUGUCUAUCUCAAAUGAAUUAGAUGCUACUGCGCCAGAGGCAGAAACAAAUGACGACUAUUAUUUAGAGUUGUCACCAGAACCUGUCAAAUUUGAACCUGUUAACGAUGUUACAGAUGUAUUCUUUGAUGAUUCUAAGCAGCAAGUAUUUGCGAUCAGGUCAGGAGGUGUUACAGGUGUACUUGUUAAGGGUCCUGAACAUAAUAUCAAUUUCCGCAUGGAUGACAAAGGACCCGUUAUUUCUAUUAAAUUUUCUCCAGAUAUGAAUAUUCUGGCUAUUCAGCGAAGUGUUACUUCAGUAGAAUUCAUAAACUAUAAUUCAGGAAAUUCCUUGGAUGGUGUAGAAUAUUCUCAAUCAUGUAAGGGAAAGAAUGCUACAAUUCUUGGUUUUGUGUGGACACAUGGUAACGAGAUACUGUUUGUUACGGAUCAUGGUGUUGAACUUUUCCAAGUCAUUCCAGAAAAACGAUGUGUAAAAGCCUUAAAAUCAUUAAGUUUACAAGUUAAUUGGUUUAUAUUUUGUCCACAAAGCUACAUGGUCUUACUUUCAUCAGGAACAUUAGGAAAUCAAAUGCAGGCAUUGUACAUUACUCCAGGGAAUUUGCACAAGAUAACAAAGUUUGAAAUGGAAGCAAUGUCUACAAAACCAGGAAAGCUUGCUGUAUCUGAAAGAGACGUAGCACUGGCAGUUUUAUACUCAACUCCCUGUAUCAUUGUUCUCAGGCACCAACCAGGUGACAAUGCAAGACCAGUUGGAUCAGCAUUUGUUUAUGUAUAUACAGUUCAUAAAAUGGUGACCAUUAGAAAAAGUCAUAUUCUCAAGCUUGACAUGAGUGGCAGAUUUGCCAUUAACGUUGUAGAUAAUCUCAUAAUAGUUCAUCACCAGGCUUCUAAAACGUCUAUGAUAUUUGAUAUAAUGCUGCCUGGUGUAAGUGAUGGAACUGUUCUUCAUCAUGUGAGUGUUGCACCUUCAAAACCUAUCAAACCAUGCAGUCUGAGAGUUCCUGGUCCCAAUAUAUCGGAAUACGUCAAUCAACCGUGUCAAUUAUAUUCUCCAAACUGGGUCGUUUUCCAGCCAAAUAUCGUAAUUGACGCAAAACUUGGUUGUUUGUGGUACAUGGAAUUGAGGUUAGAUUCCUUAGUGAAACUUAUUCCUGAUAAAGUUCAACUUGUUGAAUUUUUAAUGCAACGAAAGAAUAAUAAUGCCAAGCGAAUUUUAAUUCAAGUAAUAAGGGAUCUCGUAACGCGAAUGCCCACGUCGUUAAUAGAUAUGCCCGCUAUUUUUGAUAAAUUGAAUACUGUGUACAGAAAUCACUUAGAAAAUGAAAUUCAAAGUGUCAUGGGAACACCGUUACUGAAUAAUACGAAAAAUGUUACCACGGUACCCGACAAUUUCAAGUACAAAAUAUUUCUGGAUCAAAGUGACAUGUAUAGUCACAUUCUAUCCAAAUUUCCCGAGGGCACGAUUGAUUCCAAAAUGAUUAUUUGGGUACUCCUUGAAUAUAUCAGAUCCUUAUCAGAACACGGAAUCCCAGUACAACACUACGUAUACGAGCUCGUAAUAACAACACUGGUACACAAAGAGGCUUAUUAUCAACUUCAUCAGUUACUACAGUACCACGUAGUCUCUGAUUCAAAGCCCUUGGCCUGCCUACUGCUCUCUUUAGAAAAUCUCUAUCCUGCUGCUCAUCAGCUUGCCUUGGACAUGCUCAAACGACUGGGAAAUGCGCACGAGGAAAUAAUCGAGGUACUACUAUCCAAGGGUCAAAUUCUGCCGGUGCUACGCUACGUUCGGAGUGUCGGCAAGGCCGACCAAGUCUGUGCCAGGAAGUUCCUCGAGGCGGCAAAGGCCGACGGUGAUCCUAUUCUUUUCUACUCUGUCUACAAAUUUUUCGAACAGAGGAACCUCAGGUUGCACAACACCACCGGUUUCGCCAAAAGCGAGAGGUGCCAGGCUUAUGUGCAGCAUUUUAAGACGCUCUUCCAAACGACGGACAAUAACGGAUGCAACUCGGACUCGAACUCGAAUCUGUCCAACAUCUCGGGUUUGAGUGAAGGAGCCUGAUAUCCUGAUGUGAUCAUGUAUGUACAUAAGUAUAUGUAAAUUUUAAGGACGAAAUGUAUAUUUAUGAUUAUUUAAUUGUUAAAUAAAGUAAGGACAUUUAUACUAAUAUGGUAUGAAUAUUUAAUGCAUAUACUGUGGCCACCCAUUCACUUAUUAAGUGUGGCCAAACUUGCUUAACAUCUGUCAUCAAUCGGUCUAUAGACUUCCGUCAUCUAUGAUACAUUUACAAGUCAAAUUU